AUGCCGGAAUGCCCGGAGCGCGGGGCCAAGGCGGCCCCCAUCCAUCAUAAAAUCUCCUUCUCCAUCUUAGACAUCCUGGAUCCCCAGAAAUUCAGCAGCAGACGCGAAGCGGCCGCGGGGAGCUGGGGCAGCGCCCCCCGCUCGGGCGAGCGGGAGAAAAGUUUGGGAAGAGUUGAACCGGGCUCGCCGCGGGGCGCCAGGCGUCGGCGGGCCGAGGCGGGGUGCGGCAAGCCGCGGCGGGCGCGGACGGCCUUCACCUACGAGCAGCUGGUGGCCCUGGAGAACAAGUUCCGGGCCACGCGGUACCUGUCGGUCUGCGAGCGCCUCAGCCUGGCGCUCUCCCUCAGCCUCACCGAGACGCAGGUGAAGAUCUGGUUCCAGAACCGACGCACCAAGUGGAAGAAGCAGCACCCGGGCGCCGACGGGGCGGCCCCCGCCGCUUCCCCCGCGGCAGCGGCGGCGGGCGGCGGCAGCCCCAGCCCGCCGGGCCCCGGCGCGCUGCCCUUCCAGACUUUCCCCUCCUACGCCGCCGCCAACGUCCUCGUCCCGCCGGCCGCCCCCUUCCCGCUGGGCGGCGGCCCCUUCGCGCCCUUCCUCGGCCCCGCGUACCUCGGCCCCUUCUACGCCCCGCACCUCUGA